AUGAGGACGCCGCUAUCUCACCUACUCUCGGCCCUGCUGCUAUUACAGACAUGCGCAGCUGGGCCUAGCCAACUGCUCACUGACCAAACAAGGUCUACGGCACUCGGAAACGAUGCUGAUCACCAACUCCCGUUCGCUGCCGAGCAACCAGAACCCCGACCCAUGACCCUUCUGCAACCGGAGAAGUCAAGAGGAUUACUAGGGACUGCCGUACACUUUGGCCGCCAAACGGUCCGGUUUCUAUUUUUGAAUGGCCCUAACACCGGAAAGACCGAGCGAAAACUGGAUACAAAGCUCGCAGGGGCAGUGGAGGAGUUGAAAGCGGUCGCAGAUGAAGACCGCGACCCAGACGCGAUGUUCCUGUUGGCCGAGAUGAACUUCUAUGGCAACUUCUCCCACCCCCGCAAUUUCAAAGAGGCUUUCCGUUGGUAUCACGAAUUAGCCUGGCUGGACGGAAACAACACAGCCCAAAAUAUGGUCGGAUUCAUGUAUGCCACAGGCAUUGGGGGUGCAGUCGAACGCGACCAGGCAAAGGCUCUCAUGUAUCAUGAAUUUGCAGCAGAAUCAGGAAAUACCCGCUCGCAAAUGACGCUCGCAUACCGCUAUCAUACCGGCAUUGGAACACCUAAGGACUGUGAUCAUGCGAUCUUCUACUACAAGAAAGUCGCAGAUAAGGCGGUUGAGCACUACCGCUCUGGCCCUCCGGGUGGUAGCGCUAUGAUUCGAGAGUCUUAUCGUUGGGCAGAUGAAGAAGGUGGUGUCUACGGCCCGGGAGCCAGUGUGUCGAGCUCGGGUCAAAAUGCACGGGACUCUGCCCAUACUGCGUCUGAGGCUAGUGUCGAAGACAUACUAGAAUACUUGGAUCUCAUGUCCCGGAAGGGUGAACUAAAGGCCACUUACACUCUCGGCAAGAUGAAUUUCGAGGGAGCUCGAGGCUUGCCGCGUAACUUCCGACGGGCCAUGAGGUAUUUCAAGGUUGUGGCAAAGAAAUAUUGGAACAAGGAUGGCUCCGUCCACUCGAACCCACCUGCCGGGCUUGAUAAGCUGGCAUCCAAGGCCGCAGGACAUAUUGGGUUGAUGUAUCUUCGCGGCGAAGGCGUGGAGCAACACUAUCCUACUGCUCUCACUUGGUUCCGACGUGGCGUUGCGAACGGUGAUGCUUUGUGCCAGCAUUGGAUGGGCCUGGUGUACCUCAAUGGUUACGGGGUUCCACAGGAUGGUUACAAAGCGUCUCAAUAUUUCAAAGCGGCGGCAGAGCAGGACCUCCCGGCCUCAGAAUCACGAUUGGGCGCUCUGUUCCUGGAUCAAGGAGACGUGGCUACCGCAACACGUUACUUUGAGUUGGCUGCCCGCUGGGGUUGGAUGGAGGCAUACUAUUACCUGGCCGAGAUGGCCAAUUUUGGCAUCGGUAGACAGCGACACUGUGGCGUGGCCGCCGCCUACUACAAAAUGGUUGCCGAGAAAGCAGAGAUCAUACACUCGGCCUUCCCGGAGGCAAACGAGGCUUACGAAGCUGGUGACAAGGAGGGCGCACUUAUCCCAUCUAUGAUGGCCGCAGAGCAAGGCUACGAGAACGCACAGGCUAAUGUGGCUUACCUGCUCGACGAGCAUCGCUCUGUACUCUCCUUGAACUCCAUUCUCCCGUGGGUUGGAAAGGCUCGCUCCUCGCUACUGCGCAAUGCGCAGCUGGCGUUGAUCUACUGGACCCGUUCUUCGAAGCAAGCUAACGUUGACUCGUUGGUCAAGAUGGGUGACUAUUACCUGUCUGGCACGGGUACAGCCAUUGACGCCGACAAGGCCUCGACCUGUUACCACAACGCCGCUGAAGCGCAUCACAGUGCGCAGGGCUAUUGGAACCUAGGCUGGAUGCAUGAAAAUGGAGUUGCAGUCGACCAGGAUUUCCACAUGGCCAAGCGGUAUUAUGAUUUGGCUCUCGAUCUCAGUCCCGAGGCGUAUCUACCUGUGAAGCUCAGUCUGAUCAAACUCCGUAUCCGUGGAUAUUGGAAUCGCAUCACUAACGGUGAUGUCAAUCCCAUCCGCGAGGAUGAAGGUAAAGCAGCCUCUUGGUCCCCUUGGCCCCUCGAACUCAAGCCCAUUUGUUUAGCUCGUCGCUCACACUUUUUAUUAGAAUCGAGACCCCGUCGCACAUUCAGUGAGUGGGUCAAAACCUUCAUCGAGAACGACGAGGAAAGCUAUUACGAAGACCUUUACGAUCAACAACGGGGCGAGGAUGAUGAGUAUCGUGGCUUGGAAUCUGAAAGCCACGAGGAUGGCUACUAUGAUGACUUGGAUCUCGAUAUCGACGAGGGUAUGCUCGAGGGUCUCUUAAUUGUUGGAUUGGCAGCUGCGCUGUUGGUCAUGGUUUAUUUCCGACAACAGCAGCAGCUACGCAAUCGACAAAACGAGAACGCCAAUGGCAAUGCCAAUCCCCAAAAUGGUAACGGGAAUGCCAAUGACCGUGGCUUUUUCCCUCAGCCUGGUGAUCCCGAGUUUGGGCAAUGGGUAGCAGGAGGAGUUGGCCAUUGA